AUGUCUCCGGUACAAAGUCUUGGUGAGCCGCUUAAGGUAUUUAUCUUGGGUGCUGGGUCAGUGGGCUCUUUGAUAGCCCAUGACUUGAAACAGCAUUUUCCCAAAACCGUAAGCCCAACAUUUCUUUUACGUCCCUACCGAUCCAUACAAGAUUACAACCAAAUUACACUAAGACGACUAUUUGACUCUUCAUCUCAACCAAAACUGACCGUAGAAUGUGAUGCGGCAAACGAGUCUACAUUAGCACCAGAUAAUGAUUUUAUAGAGAAUCUCAUCAUCACGACAAAGACUUUCCAAACUGAAGCUGCUUUGAAGCCAUAUGUGCAUCGACUAAAUGCCUCAUCAAAUAUCCUCAUUUUACAAAACGGCAUGGGAAUGCCACGAAACUUGAUCAAUAAGUUUUGGAGCAGUAGCAAUUCUGCUGAUAGCAGACCCACCUUCUAUCAAGCAAUUACAACGCAUGGUGUUUUUAAGGAUGCUCAAGGGGUAGUAAAUCAUGCUUCAAAUGGAAUAUUACAGAUUAGUAGCGAGCAGAAUCCAAUUAAAGCAGCAGAUAAGUCCGAACCAGAUUUUCAACAAGUAGCCGAAGCAACACAUGAAACAGUACGAUUGCCAUUGUUGAUUCAACUAUUACUUGAAACAGAAAGCUUGAAUGCCAAAUUUGUGCCCUAUAAUGAAUUUCUCCUUUUACAGAUGGAGAAAUUGGUGGUGAAUUGUUGUAUCAAUCCAACAUCUGCCUUAUUUGAUGUUAAUAAUGGUUCUUUGUUAUAUGGCAAUGAAAUUACAAAUAUUUGGAAAUCCAUAAUCACUGAGUGCGUGAGAUUAUUCUUUGCUGAGUUUCCAGUGUUGCAAGAUAUUUCUACGGCACGAUCUUUUCUUGAUGAAAAGAGAUUACUCGAUAGUGUUAUUUCUGUGUGUCGAUUGACUUCGGCGAAUAGCUCUAGUAUGAGAGAAGAUGUGACUCAUUUACGCCAGACUGAAAUAGAGAAUAUGAAUGGAUAUAUUGCGUACCUUGGAAGGAAACAUAAUAUACCUACAUUUACAAAUACAAUGAUUACCUCGAUGAUCAAGUCCAAGUUAAGUAUUGAUCGCGGAAUUGACAAGGCCACAGCAGAAUCUAUACUAGAUGUAUAA